AUGACUCGUGAUAAGAAAAAACAAGUGAAGACAUAUGCUGUUGUGAACGACUCCGCAGAGGUCGUGAACGUGAGUUACAAUCACGACUCCGCAGACGUCGUGAACGUGAGUUACAAUCACGACUCCGUAGGGGUCGUGAACGAGAGUUACAAUCACGACUCCGCAGACGUCGUGAACGUGAGUUACAAUCACGACUCCGCAGACGUCGUGAACGUGAGUUACAAUCACGACUCCGCAGGGGUCGUGAACGAGAGUUACAACCACGACUCCGCAGGGGUCGUGGACAAGGGCUUCAGCCACUACGCAAGACCUUCUGGCAAAGUAUGCGAUACCUUCAUAGAACUGACAGUGUACAAGGAGCGAGGUCAGCCCGACCAUACGACAGACCCUCGUCAAGAAAGCUCACUAAAUGUCUGGGAAGGAAGUACUAGGAGCACAGAGAGCUUACCUGCCCAGGAGGCGAAGAACACGGUGGUCGGAGAGACAUUAGGACAUACUGCUGACGAUGGCGUCUCUGGUUGCGCCGGGGUCUGGCUGAUCGCGCUCGGAGCCUCCAUUUGUAUGUUGUUUGCGGGCAUGGUUGUGCCUUGCUUCGGCAUCCUGUUCUCUCCGCUGCUGCUGGAGCUUGGAGCAUCCUCAGCCACCGUGGGCUGGAUUUUCAGCAUCAUGCUGUUUGUGUGGCAUAGUUCCGGUCUCGUUGUUGGCUCCCUGGUGGAGGAGUUCGGCUGGAGGAAGGUGGCUAUGAUGGCUUCUUUCUUCGGCUCCUGCUCCUUCGUCCUCUCCGCCUUCGCCACCUCCACCACGUUUCUCUUCUUCUCCUUGUCCAUCAUGGGAGGGUUAAGCUGGGGCUCACUGCUGAACAUGUGCUAUUUCAUCGUGCCUCAUUACUUCUCCGGACGGAAGGGCGUGGCAAAUGGGUGUGUUAUCUCCGCUCUCAGCCUAGGACCGAUGAUAGCGCCCGUGUUGAUAGGGAUACUACACAAGGCGUUUGGCUACACCGGCGGCACCCUCGUCUUCGGUGCUGUCAUGCUCCACGGCUGUGUUGGUGCCUCCUUCUUGAGGCCCAUCCAGGGAAAAUAUAACUCUUCUGUCCAAGACGACGACUCAAAUGCAAAAUCAUCAGGUGCUGAGACUGUAGAAAAUAAGGGAAAGUGUAGGAUGUUGGUGAGGGUGUUGCAGAGGACGAUCGGCAACUUGUCCACCCUCAAGUCCCCGCCAGCGGCCAUUAUUGCGAUGGGAGGAAUGUUUACAUUCAACAGCUGCAUGAACUUUGUAUCCAUUAUGCCCUUUGCCAUGCAGGCAGCUGGACACACCAAUGAGGCAGCUGGCUGGUGCUUGACGGUAGGAUCCAUUGCUUGUUUGGUGGCUACCAUCACAGCGUCCUUGCUGUCAGACCGGCCCAGGUUCAACAUGCGAGCUUACUACAUGACCAGUGUCUCCCUUGCUGCUGCUUCAACAGUCGUCUUCAGCGUGUUGGACGACUACCGGUGGCAGGUAGCGAUGAUGGGUGUGUGGGGGUGCUCCUUGGGGGUAAUCAACAGUCUCUACAACCUCCUCACUCUUCACUACGUGGGCCUGGAGAAGAUGAUGUCCGCCAUGGGGUCCAUGAUGCUGCUUGUUGGCACAGGCUUCGUCAUCUUUGGACCCUCCAUAGGCAUGAUCAGGGACGCCACCGGCAGCUACGCCGUCAGCAUGUGGGUGUGUGCUGGGCUGGCUGCUAUCACCGUAGCCCUCUGGGCCUUCAUGCCGGCGGCAGUCCGCUACGACCAAAAAAAGUCCAGUAACUCACAACUCCGGCCACAAGAAGUCCAGUAACACAUAACUCCGGCCACAAGAAGUCCAGUAACACAUAACUCCGGCCACAAGAAGUCCAGCAACACGUAACUCCGGCUGCAAGAAGUCCAGCAACACAACUCCGGCCACAAUAAGUCCAACAACACAUAACUCCGGCCACAAGAAGUCCAGUAACACAUAACUCCGGCCGGAAUAAGUCCAGCAACACAUAACUCCGGCCACAUGAAGUCCAGUAACACAUAACUCCGGCCACAUGAAGUUCAGCAACACAUAACUCCGGCCACAAGAAGUCCAGUAACACAUAACUCCGGCCGGAAUAAGUCCAGCAACACAUAACUCCGGCCACAUGAAGUCCAGUAACACAUAACUCCGGCCACAUGAAGUUCAGCAACACAUAACUCCGGCCACAAGAAGUCCAGCAACACAUAACUCCGGCCGCAAGAAGUCCAGUAACACACAACUCCGGCCACAUGAAGUCCAGCAACACAUAACUCUGGCCACAAUAAGUCCAGCAACACAUAACUCCGGCCACAAUAAGUCCAGCAACACAUAACUCCGGCCGUAAGAAGUCCAGCAACACAUAACUCCGGCCACAAGAAGUCCAGUAACACAACUCCGGUCACAAUAAGUCAAGCAACACAUAACUCCGGCCGCAAUAAGUCCAGCAACACAUAACUCUGGCCACAAUAAGUCCAGCAAGAAAUAACUCCGGCCAUAUGAAGUCCAGUAACACAUAACUCCGGCCACAAGAAGUCCAGCAACACAUAACUCCGGCCACAAGAAGUCCAGCAACACAUAACUCCAGCCGCAAGAAGUCCAGCAACACAUAACUCCGGCCACAAUAAGUCCAGCAACACAUAACUCCGGUCACAUGAAGUCCAGUAACACACAGCUCCGGCCACAAUAAGUCCAGCAACACAUAACUCCGGCCGCAAGAAGUCCAGUAACACAACUCCGGCCGCAAGAAGUCCAGCAACACAUAACUCCGGUCACAUGAAGUCCAGCAACACAUAACUCCGGCCACAAGAAGUCCAGCAACACAUAACUCCGGCCGCAAGAAGUCCAGUAACACACAACUCCGGCCACAAUAAGUCCAGCAACACAUAACUCCGGUCACAUGAAGUCCAGCAACACAUAACUCCGGCCACAAGAAGUCCAGUAACACACAACUCCGGCCACAAUAAGUCCAGCAACACAUAACUCCGGCCACAAGAAGUCCAGCAACACAUAACUCCGGCCACAAGAAGUUCAGUAACACACAACUCCGGCCACAAUAAGUCCAGCAACACAUAACUCCGGCCACAAGAAGUCCAGUAACACAACUCCGGCCACAAUAAGUCCAGCAACACAUAACUCCGGCCACAAGAAGUCCAGCAACACAUAACUCCGGCCGCAAGAAGUUCAGUAACACACAACUCCGGCCACAAUAAGUCCAGCAACACAUAACUCCGGUCAUAUGAAGUCCAGCAACAUAUUUUGCUAUUUAUAGUUGUUGUAGUGUGCUUAAUUCUGUUGCAAAUUUUCAUGCAAAUAUUUUAUCUACUUGCAAGAACGUGGUCUAUGUUUGUCCAAGCCAAAGCCGACCUCAAAACAAAUAAAAAUUAUCCAUUGUGUAAACCAUAACGAUAUUUUUUCUUAUUUUUAAAUAAUUAUAUAUUUAUUAUAAUUCUAUGUAUAGUUAGGUCAUGGGAAGGUAAAGUUAGCUGUAUUGGUUCUGUUGGUAAUUAUUUUAAUUUACCGUAAGUGCGUGAAACAUUUGGCAACCCGUCCUCAGACCAAGUCCAUUCCAUCCAGCGGUCGACCCCAAAGACGCAUUCAUCAAUUGUAACAUGCUGAUUCGGGAAUUUGUUUAAAUAUAAAUUAAUGAUAUAUAUUUGCAUAUUAUGCGUAUUUAGGUUAGGUUAAGUGUUUAGGUUCUGUUUGUAAUUAUUUGCAUUUGUAGUACUUGAGUGGAGCAUUUACAAAGUUCCCAUUCGAACAGAGGUCAUCAGCGAAGCACUGGUCGAGAAAUGCUCGAACAUUAUCAGUUGUAAGUCGUGUGUAAAAUGUUCUUCAUUGAUGAACAGGCGUCCGCGUAGAAUGAAUAUUUGGCCUUUGUUGAUGAGGCUCCCUCAUUCUUAAUCCCUCUGCUUGAAAGUGCGUUGGAGUCAGGCGCUCACCCACCUCCUCAUUUGUUACGAGUCUAGUAAAUACCUAGACACAUGAAAGUAUAGGCCGUCACCCGAGUAGUUACGAGAUUCAGUCCUGAUAACCACUUGUAAAACAAAUUUUAAUUAAAUUCUUAGAAGGCUGAGUGUAGUGUGAUGUGGAGCAGACCACCCUAUAUAAGCUAUUCCCUCUUUGUAGUUGAGCCAACGUUGAUUGUAACCAUGAUAUAUAUGUGCUUCAGCCUACAGUUUAGACCUAUUGUCUUAUGUAUGACCCUCUGUCCUGCGUGACAGUGAAUACCAGCAUUAUCCUCACUUUAAUAAGGCUAUCAAAAUCCUCAGAUUAGGCAAAAUUGUAAUUAAUUUUGUUAAUAAAGAUGUUAAUAAUAAUAAUAAUAAAGCCAACGAAAACCCACCAGCUGACAUCUGUUGGUGGGGUUUUCGGUGCAUAUAGACCCCCUGUGUGUGUGUGGGGGGGGGGAGAAUAAAAAUUAGAGUGCCUGGAACGAGUGACGAGAGGGUCGGCGAGGACAUCACGGAGCCAAGGGUGGAGACAACCUUACCUACGGUAAGAGGCCGGGGUUUUCAAGAUGGUAAAGUGUGGACUCUGAUGUAUUGUUCGUGUCGAAAUUCCUCGUCACAUUACCAGUGUGUAGGCACUUAGGACUUUUGUGUAUAUCAUAACCCGCAGGUCACCACGCGGCCAUAGGUACAGACAGUGAGUCAAUGUCAGCCGGGCCUAUGGUAAUAUUCAGAUGAUAAUGUGUGUGUGUGUAAUCUCUGAUGUUAUUAUUCCUUCUUUCAUUCCACAAGCUUCUCCCCCGAAUCAACCUACCCAGGCUUUGCGCCCUGGUGAGGCCACUCCAGACCGACAACCAGAGCGCAACUCCAUAGUCUUCUGAGACUGAUGGAUGCCUACUAUCAUUCCUUGUCAAAAUUUAUUUAACAUUUGCCAGUGUUUGUG